AUGCACCCGCCGGGCCGCCCAGCAGCCAGCAUGCACCCGCCGGAUCCCACCACCGGCCUCCACCCCGCCGGCUGCUCCUCACCAGCGCGCCAGCAGCUCGAGCCCGACAGCCACUGGAUACCCGCCCACAACGUAUUCGCCGCCCGGGCCGCCCCGCUCCUGCUCCCGGCCCUCGACCGGCUCAUCAUCCGGCACACCGACCCGGCCACAACCGGCCGGCUCCCCGAUCCCUCGGCCCACCCGCCGCUCAGCCCCCACGAACUCAAGACAUGGCUCAAGUUCGCCCAGUCCAAACAGCCACCUCGCAGCUUGAAAGCGUGGAUGAUGGCCGGGGAUGAGUCCCCCGGGAAUGAAAAACUCAUUAGCAAGUCUGAGCAGACGCACUCGAAGAUCUGGCUCCCCUUCCACCUCCUGUCCCCUUCACUCCUCAAGCCAAUCACGAAAGACUCCAACAACAGCAGUGCUAAUCCAGCCUUGGACUUGCUCAAUUUCAUCCCACAAAACACUCCCUCCUCCACCCACCCAUCAUCCCCCUCCCCCAAUCCGACCUUCCUGAUCCUAAGACACCUCGAAGCCCUGCGCGACUUCCUACAACUGAUCAGCCUCAUAGCCGGCCUCUCACACUCCACCGUCUCCAGCACAUCCUCACCAGCACUGCUGACACAGAUCGUGCUCUCCAAACUGCCGCUUUUCCGACGGGUGGUUGGCGGAGACAGCCCUCCAGCCCACAAAAGCUUCCGGAACUAUUGCCAGCUGCUGUUCCGCUGGGUCCCGGGCAUGCUAAGCCUCGACCUCGCCGCAUACGCCGGCCUGUCGCCGGCCACCGGCGUCGCGUGCGGAUGUCUGCUGGCACUGCUCCUCUGCGAGUUCUACCGCGCGACGAGCGCCGCCGGCCGUGGUGCUUCCGCCCCCCUCAAACACGCCGAAGGUCUCGACCAGACCACCCACGACCGCUCUCAUACUCAGCACCACUAUUUGCAGAGAUGGGCGGACAAACUCAAAAGCCUUCGCGCCUCCGCCAUCUAUUCUACUGCACUCACGCUGGUGUUGGUCUCACUCUAUGUUCCAGUGACUCGGACAUGCAUCGAAGCACUAGUAUGGGCCAGCGGCUACUGGCCGAUCCCGAACGUCUACAUCACCAACGACGACCGUCCCGCGACCGACGUGGCCGAGAAGCUGCGGGCGGCCUGGCCGGGCGCCGAGCUGGUCAAUCCGGCCGAGUUCUGCUACCGCACGACGCUCAGGAAGGACACCUUCGACGGCGCCGGGCUCGUCCUGUUCCUCGCGGUCAUCGGGCUGCUCGCGCUCGGCUGCUGGUUCCCACUCAGGCUGCUCAACACCAUCCGCGCUUCUUCUCCACAAGCCCGGCCCACCCGCGCAUACAACUCGAACACCACCACCACCACCAACAAGUUGGGCAACCAUGGGUCUGCGCCUUCCGGACGGUUCGCGUACUUCUGCCAUCCGUAUAAGCAGGCCGACCGGUGGGCCCCAGCCCGAGACCUCAUCAGUCGAUUCGUGCUGAAGCUGGUCGUCGUGGUCCUCGCCACCGUCCCAGUGAAAGACACCUGCAUCUUCAUCAAGCGAGGGGCGUCCAGCCGGGCGUCCAUCGACCUCUUCCGAUGCCUGUUCCUGGCUUCCACGUUUCUCGCGUUUUGGAUCUACCAGGCGGUGUGGAUGCCCUACCGAUACAAAUCGCUCAACUUGAUCCACGACAUGAACACCAAGUUCUGUCUGUUGCUCAGCGUCGUCGGCGCGGGCUCGGCGAUCAUCCAUUUCCAGGAACUGCUGUUUGGAUCAAUACUUCUGAUCUGGACGACGCUUAUGUAUCUGCUCAACAUCCAUUACCUCGCCAUACAUUCCAAGAAGGUACAGCGACUCAUCAGCUCCUUUAACCGAGACCUCCAGAUCGACGAGAGCUUGUUUUCGGCCGAUUUUGAUUUCCGGAAGGAAGUGAUCCGGCGAGUGUGGGACGAGAGUCUUUGUGUACUGAUUUUGGGCAUGCCCGAGUACCGGAUGGCCGAAGGGAAGCGCUUGCGAUGGCGGGAAGAGGUUCCGGGAGCGCCUUGUCUGGUCAAUUUUGACGGAACUCAUGGGGAACGACUGGUUGAGAAUGUGCGACUAUUCGAGGGGCUUGGUGCGGAGAGGUACGGCCGAGCUGCAGGCCAAGCGGGCCACCGGGCAGACCAAAAAGCGCUCGCAAUACAGAGCGUUAUCCGGAGCGAGUUCACCGGGCCCGACUGUUUCUGGAAGCCGCAUAAUGCGGCCGAUCUCGUCGGCGUGACCACCUUCUUCGGCCGCGCCGAUGUCGUCCCGUUCCCGUUCACGGUGGUCUUCAAGUACGACCAACGGCCUGCGGAUCCCGUCUAUAUCUCCACCCCCGCCGACCUGCGCGCAUUUGUUGCCCAGAACCAGAACGCCCAGGUCCAGAUGCGGCGAAAGGCUGUCCAAGCUACCUCGAAGGAUAGACGAUGGCCACGGUGGCUCCAGGGCGCGCGCUCGGACGUCCAGUUCCGUAGCGGAGUGCUGAGGAUCCAUCGGAACUGCCAGAACAAAUGGCAAGGAUACAACUACAACUCCGGGUUCCAGGUCUCGAUCGAGUACAAGGAUGGCCAAUCGACCAAAGCCAAUGGUACCACGAUCUCCCGGAUCCGGCAUACCCGGCUACCGCGCUCCUUAGGGUUGAGGGACGACUUCAAAGUCACGCCGACGUUGGCCAAGCUCUUCCAAGAUAACCACUCGAUCAUCUCGACCACGCUGGACAAAGUGGACCGGGCACUCCGCUCCCAUCGCGCUCAUUUCGCCCGCCAAGCUGCGUGGAAGCAGGACAAGAUGUCCUUCGCGUUCCUCGAGCUCUUUGCAGCUGUCCACGACCAAAGUCUCCUCUCGCCCACUCAGACAUGCAGAUCCAGACUUCUUCCUCAGAUCUGUCGAGGGUCGUUACACGUGAUGGAAGAAAGGAUGGAGAAAAUCAACCAAAGCCCACUCCACCAAUGGUGGUUCGUAGUCUUCGACGACAUAUACCGCAGGAAUUGUGAGAUGUUGACCAAAUUGGGCGCCAGAGCGGAGGAUUUCUCGCCCCAUCACCGUGGAAGCGUCUGUUAUACGCCGAUGGCCAGGGGCGGGCUGGAGCGGUUCCUGAGCGAGCGGAAUCUGCUCGAGCCUGACUGGACGCAGGGCGGGGCGCCGGACAGGGCCGCGAAGGGCUCGCGCCGGGCGGUGUUCCAUCCCGGGUUCCUGAACCGGAUAUACUUCCACCUCGACUUGUUUAUGUUCAAGGAGCGCGACGCAGGCCUUCCCGACGCCAUGGGAAACACUCAGGAGGCCUGGCUGCCACGGAGCACCCUCUACCACGGCGUGUACGAGGACGGGCAGAAGCCUGAUGGUGGACGCGACGUUCUGGCGAGGCUCGGAGAGAGGCUCAAGACGUGGCUGAUGCUGGACGCGCCCUUGCUUGGCGCAGCACAAGCACAGGAAAGCUGUGAUGAUGAUGAUGAUGGCAACGACGACGCAGAUGAGGAUGUGGAGAAGUGCAAGGGGCCCGGGCGGCAGCGUGAGCUGAUCAAGCUGGGGCCGCUGCGGAAUGCCAGGACUCUCGACGGGUCAGCGGGCCAGGGCGUACCGAUGACCAGCGACGCCGUACGGAGAGCUGCCGACGAGGCGCAUGCUUACCAGCCGGCUUCCAGUAGCACUGCGUCGAGCAGUGACGACUGCUCGACUUAUGUCGACUUCUCUGCCCGGGCUCCUGCCUCUUCGUCCGGCUUCACGAGCGGCUGCAGCACUCUCGAUGUCGGUGUCGACCUCACUGGCUACGAUAUCACUGACGAGCCGGACGCCUUUACGGACGGAUCUGCCAGCACUAUCUAUGGCUUUCAUUAG